GCAACCAGCGGUUGUUUUGAAAAAUUUGCUCAACAAAAUUCCAAUUUUAGCUGUUUUCCCCUGUUGAUAUUUGAAAUACUCCCUCAGAUGUAUUGAAGUUGUCUACAUGGAAUACACUAAGAAAAUUUCCAGGGAUCCUUUCUAUGAAGCCCCUCUCCACAAAGGUUAUUACCAUCCCUCGCAGAAGAAGAAACUAUCAAAGAAAGAUAAAAAGAUUUGCCUGAGCCCAGAGAAGCAACCUUCAAAGAAGGAAUCGAAGCCAUUGAAACCGGCUGAUGAGAAGUUCUUGAAGGGGACGAAUGUGUACACUGGCAAGGCGCCACCGACUGGAGACACACCUAGUCCAGCCACCAGUGCCAGUUCUAAGUUUAAUGAGUCGUGGCCUGAGAGUGAACGAGCAUCGACUAUUGGCUUAGUACCGGAAUUCAACUUGAGUCCGGUACAAGAUUCAUACCAAAGACUCCAUUCCACAAAACUUGAUAUGGGGCCAAUCACUUCUGACUCUGAUGCAUCCAGGAGAGGUGGGGGCAGUCAUUAUAGCAGCACCACCAGUGGAAACAAGCAGAAGAAUGAUGCGGAGUCGACUCUUCAGAAAUACAUCAAUAGAUUUCGGUACGGUCAGCCCUUGAGCAGGGAGGCCAGGGAAGCCAAGAAACCAGAAAAAACCAAGGAUUUCUGGUGGUUAACUUCCAAGUCCCCAUCUACUCCCGGCAGAAGUUCAACACCCAAUGGCGACACGCCAUCUCCUGGCAAAAUGAAAACUAGAUUGGUGAGGUCACCACUUAGUCCAUAUUCACCCAUGAAGCCGGGGCGGUCAUCAAGCUCGAGCAGUGGUAGAUCUGGCUAUCGACCAAGUGUUCCAGCCAUUGAUGAAAUGACACAAAAAUUACAAGAAAAGGCUGACAGACUUUUGGAACUGAGUGAGUCGAGCCUUAGCUCGGAGCCAAUAGUCAGCACAUUAGGACUUGGGAGUGAGCCCUCACUCGAGUCGGUCAGGAGCAGGAGCAGUGCAAGUCUAGUCGAAGAACGACCGUAUAGGCCUGGCUUCAUCAGAUAUAUGCAAGAGAAGGAAAACUUGCUUCACCGAGAUGAUGAAGUUUCUGGCCCUCGCAGGGAUCCGACUGUACCAAGGAGAGAUGCUCCGUCCGAUGACAUCCUCGACCAGUGGCGCCUACGUAGGAAGAUGGAGACGGCCCGUACUAAAGGCUACCCGAGUAUCAGGCUACUUGAUGCGGGCAGAGGAUCUGCUUCACCAAGAAAAGCAGACAGGGACCCAGAGAUCGAGUCAAAACUGGCUGAUUUCCGCAGCAGACUUGCCCAGGCGUCGUCAGGAAGGUACUCCUCGCCUCUGAAGCCUGGCACGAAUGUCCACUUCACUCCUUCUCCACCAAGACAGGGGGAAAAACAGGUGCCGAUGUCCCCCGAAAGAGAUCAACCAGAACAUGACAUGACUCGUCCUCCUCCCCAGAUUGCAAGUCCGACAUUGAAACGCAAGCCUGGCACCAAGGACCAGGUUGAGCCGCACCUUCACCUCAUGUGUGAUAUUCUACCUUGUCCCCAUCAGACUGAGGCUAAGAAAUGUAUGGACGAGCACACUGAGAGAUCGGGUGGGGGACAAGGUCCUGACGUAUCGGAGCAUUUGGAUAAAGAAACAGAAGGGUGGAAACAUGGGGGAACGAGUAGAGAGAAUCUCAGAGAGGGAAGUGAGGACUUGGAACUUGAUAAAGGAAAUCAUUACAAAGAUGAAGUGAGAGAAUUGAGUGAAAAUUCUAGCGACAAUGACAGAGAAAUAGGAGAAUCCGAUGAAAAAGUCAGUGAAGUUGACAAACAAAUGGCCAAAGUUUCUCAAUGUGACACUUUGCAGACAUGUGACGGGUCAGUUUCGUUCGAGAAUGACGUUCCUGUGAGAGAUUCUGGACCAACGGGUCAGCAUGGCAUCCGACCUGCUAGGAAAGGCAGGGACACUGAUGUGAAUGUGAAAGAUUCCGACAAAGGUUUUGUUAGUGAGAAAUCUCAAAAGCCUAAGCGAGGAAGCAGGAAUGUCCCUCAUCCGAAAAUUGCAAGAGACAGUCCGAAAAAACGUGAUUCUUCCGUUGAUAAUGUCGUAGGUGAGGUGGUGACGGAGAGGUUGUUUGUUUCGCCGACGUCGAGUGUGGACAGCAUUGUGUCGGAGAGGAACAGGGCACCUGAUGCUUCUUCAGAACAAGAUACCUUGACCUCAGACUUGGAUGAAUUUGCUGAAGAUGAAUUACUUCGACAGCUGAGGAAACAACGAGAAAAGUUUGAAUCCAAAUUAAAGUUAAUCGACCAACUUCUUGAACAGACUAAGACACCAAAGUGAAGGCCAAGAAAAAGACAUGUUCUGAGACGGAGAUUUCCAAAAUUGACCAAUCUGCCUGAUACCCCUGUUGUAAAUUUUGAAAUCGGGCUGCUGUAUGCAGUAGGCCUAGUUCCCAUAGUCAGAAGGCAGCAUAAUCAAUUGUGCCAGGUUUGACUAGACUUUACAGAUGCUGCAUUAGUGUCUGCCCUUAUUUUGAGCUAUCUACAGUGAGUUUGUAUCUAAAACAAAAAGUUUUCGAUUUUCGGCGAUACUGUGAGAAUGACUCAACAUGUAUGUGGUAGUAGUUUGAUGUCAGCAAAAAAGUUGAGCUUUUUUGCGUGAAGAGUAUAAAUUCUAGUUACAUGCUGGUUUCAUGUACGUAUUCUAUUGUAUUUCUGUAGGCCUACCGGUACAUUUAUUUUGAUACAAACUAUACUGUGUUUAGGCUGCACCGGUUCCUGCUGCCACCUAGAGAGAGAAUAUAUACACCGAUCUAGUGACAGCAAGACAGUGUUGUUCCGACUUUCAAAGUUCGCCCACUAGCGCAGAAGGCCUAGUUAUUCUCCCGAGCGGGGACAUAACACAUAUUAUAUUGUAAAUGCACAU